UCGACCAAAUCAACAGAAAAACCGGCUGUAUAAAAUUGUGCUUAGUUCUCGUAAUAUUCAGUGGAAGAGAUCGAAGGCAUAUAAAGCUUGAAGACAUAUUCCACUAUGUAUCGUAGUCGCCACCCUAGGUCGAGCAGAAGUCUUGAGCAGGAGAAAAUUAUUGCCCAAACGUUUGUUAAGUUUCUGGAGGACAACAAUCGUAAGGAAGACAUGUUUGUAGACGAAUUGAGGCAGAUAUACCAAGAAGAAUUUCGCCGUCUGUACAGCACGCUGGGUAUGUCAUUCUCCAAAAUUUUGAACACACUCACGUACCAUAUAAAUGCUUGUCAGCAACUUCAAGAUCGUGUUAUCUUUGGUGGUGGAGAAGCCGCAGCUCUUCAACUCCUCACUGAUGAUCCUGAUGAUGAUCUUUGUUACCGCUCGCCCUCGAGCUUGAGCCCUUUCUAUUGUAAUAUAUGUAAAAGAGAUCUUGGAAAUGAUAGAGCUUACAGCAAACACAUCGAAGGGGUGAAACAUCGCCAACAGUACAUCCUCAUAACGAUUCGAAAAUCACUGAAAAAGCCAGAGCUUGUCUUUGACAAAAAUGGGAUAAGAGUUACUUCAGAUCCCGCUGGAGAUGAACAUGGUGUGAUUGAAUUAAAAGUGGAGAGUGGAAAAUACGGACAAAUUGUGUUAAUCAUCGAGAACCUCAGUGAGGAGACCAUCACCCUUGAGGAUAUAACCCUACUGUGGAGUGUGAACUUUUUUGAUUACUCGGAAAUAUCCAGUAUUGGGUCUUAUGUGGGUCAGCUCCACCCAGGUUGUCAGAGGAGGUUCAGGAUUGGCUGCAAACGUCGCCGGGAGUUUGGUUAUUCGUAUGUUCCCGGUGUGCUUACAUUUCAGACCGAAGACGGGGUGGAGUUUCACAUCCUUAGGUUUUUUUCUGUGCGCAUCGUGAGUGACUUGUACGAUGACUUGAAGCAGACCUCAGAGUAUAAACCUCCCCAACGGGCAACAGAAAUUCCCAGGGAUGUUAAAACAUUUGGAGGGAUACCCCUUCCACGUCUACAGAGGAAUGGCUUAAUUAUGGAGAAGCUGGACUUUUACGACAUCCCUUUAACUGUAAAAGCCCAGGUCAUUAAAAGCAAUCAAAUCCGAGAAGGACUUUGUGAGCGACUGAAAAAGAAGUUGAGCUUUGACAAUUACAAAGAGAAGUUCUCUCUGCUUCUUCACGUGGAAGAACUACAAAUGCAGAAGGAUAUUAGAAACUAUGAUAUGAAAGGAGUUGAAUUUCAACAGGAAAGAGGAGACAGACGCUUUCUGAUCUUAGAGGUACCCGGUCUUGCAGAAAAUCGCCCGUCCGUGUUACGCAGUGACAAGAUCUAUGCCUACGAGCCAGGUGUAUUACAGCGACGAUACGAAGGAAUCGUGCACAAAGUCCAAAUGCUGGAUGUGAAACUUGGCUUUAACAUGAACGAUAUGCCUUAUGUUAAGGGUAAGAAGUUCGACAUCCAGUUCACUUUUCAUCGACUUCCAGUACAGAUGGAACAUCGCGCGUGCGAGCAGAUUGCGUCUGUGAACAGGCAAGACAUGCGACACGUUCUCUUUCCAUCAGAUGACUGUCUCGAUCAAAGGGGAGAAAUUAACAAGGAGGUCCGUUUCUUUUACGACCGCAACCUGAACAGUGAACAGGAGCAAGCGGUCCAAAAGAUUGUGUCAGGAUCUUCACGCCCUGCUCCAUACCUCGUGUUUGGACCCCCCGGGACUGGAAAGACGGUUACUUUGGUCGAGGCGAUUAAACAGGUGCACGCUUUGAUUGGCUCAAGCUACAUUCUUGAGCGACUGAAAAAGAAUUUGAGCUUUGACAACUACAAAGAGAAGCUCUCUCUACUUCUUCACGUGGAAGAGCUACAAAUGCAGAAGGAUAUCAGAAACUAUGAUAUGAAAGGAGUUGUUUUUCAACAGGAAAGAGGAGACAGACGCUUUCUGAUCUUAGAGGUACCUGGUCUUGCAGAAAAUCGCCCGUCUGUAUUACGCGGUGACAAGAUCUAUGCUUACGAGCCAGGUGUAUUAAAGCAGAGAUACGAAGGAAUUGUGCACAAAGUCCAAAUGCUGGAUGUGAAACUUGGCUUUGACAUGAACGAUCAUGCAACAGAACCUGAGUGUAUCAUCCCUGUGGCGGACCUCCUGGACCCCAAUAAUCCCAGUGGCGGUCAGCUGGUGCUUGCGGGAGACCCUAAGCAGUUAGGCCCGAUCCUCAGAUCCCGUCAACCGAACCGGAAUGUAAAACAUUGCACUGCUAAUAUUCACCUGUUUUGUCCAAGAAAUGUGAUGAUAGGCUGGGAAGAGCUUCCGAAUAAGAACUUCCCGAUCAUUUUCCAUCCGGUGUUUGGUAAGGACGAGAGAGAAGGUAGCAGCCCUUCCUUCUUUAAUGUGGCUGAGGUGGAAACUAUUGAGCGAUACCUGAGGAAACUGUUAGACGAUAAUGUGAGGAGCAGAGGACUAAAGCACUUAAAACCUGAGAUGAUUGGGGUGAUAUCUCCUUACAAAAGACAAGUGCAAAAGAUCCAGAAAAUGAUUGAAAAAAGACGCUUUGGUGGCGAAAUCAAAGUUGGCAGCGUGGAAGAGUUCCAGGGGCAAGAAAGAAGAGUAAUCAUCUUGUCAACAGUUAGGAGCACCAAGAAAGAAUAUCUGGAGAUGGACAAGGACUUCCGCCUCGGAUUCCUCAACAAUCCCAAGAGAUUCAACGUGGCCAUAACUCGUGCCCAGGCUCUCUUGAUU